GUAAAUUUUCACAAAUUGAGACUACAAAUUGAUUAGUUAUAUACCAGUCAACAAAUACAGAACUACGGGCAAGAGUAAAAACAUGGACAAUUGGCAGGCGGGAGUCGAAGGGCUCCUGCUCGGAGCAAAUGACAAGCAGAUGAGUCUGGGGCCGGAUUUAGAUUAUGAUGGAUAGUAGUUGUAGUUGCAUAAAAAAAAGCUGCUGCAUUUGUAUCUUGAAAAGUAGCUUUUCACUUUGCAGGAUUGGUUUUAUUUAUCUGUCUGAAGGGUUCGUUGUUUUGUGGGCUAGCUUUAUUCGUACUACGUUGUACAGGAUGGAUAGAUCAGUCGCCUUUCAACGGUCCAGAUCCAUAUUUUAGGUUGUGACAUCGACAUGGACCUGCUAGGUUCAGAGUGAAAAUAUAAAGCAUCGGGAUCGACUAAUGCAGAGGAUGUUUAUUGAUCCACUUCCCCAUCCCCCCGGCAUAGUUGUAUGCCUCACUCUUCUAAUACCCAGCUAUCCGUGAGGCGAACGAAAUGAAAAAAGAGGACGACUUCGUGCAGAAGCUUAGCCGCGUCCUUCGUUUUCAGAUCCAGUUGGAGCAUAG